AUCGAAAGCAGCGAAAAUCCUACUUGACAGGAUGCUGCGCCGCGCCGUGGGCCGCGCGGCCUUCUCGACGUAUGGCAACAUCAACUUUAGCCUCAAGAAGCAGCGCAGCAUUGCGAACGUCGUCAAGAUCUACCACGACGUCCACGCCAUGGCGCCGUCGCAUGGUACUCUUCUCAUCCCGAACGAAGCGCCGUGGCCCGAGAACGUGCGCGGCAAGGACAUCAACCUUAGCCGCUUCCGGGCGCUGUACCAUCAGAACCGACUCGAUCCAAGUGUCGUCGCCGACAUGGAUGCGCUGAGCUUUCCAUGGAGCGCACGGCGCAACCACUGGGACGUGCGCUUUCGCGCCCUCGACGCCUUUCUCGAGUUGCACGGACCCAUCCCUGUCCCGUUCGACUUUGUGGUGCCAACGAACGCUGCGUGGCCGCGCGAGACGUGGGGCAUCGACCUCGGCCAAGCGUUUGGUCUUUUGCAGCGCGUCGGCUUUCCAGCGUACGUCAAGGACGAAGAGAUGGCGCGGUUCGCACCCAUGCUAUCGCACCCGCGCCAGCGACGUCCACCGCUGACGCCCGCGAUCCUCGUCGACGCCUGCCGCAUCUACUUUACAGAACACGGCAACUUGGACGUGCCAUUGACGUAUCGCACGCCCGCCGAAGCGCCGUACCCGCCGUACGUCCAGUCGCUCGCGCUGGGGCGCCACCUCCAGUCGCUUCGGUACGACCCGUCGCCGCCCUUGGCGGUCCUUGAGCCGCUCGUGCGCGAGAUGCAAUUUACGUACAUUGGUCCGCGCUGGGGUCUCCAGCUGCGUGCGAUCAAGGAGUUUGCUGCAAACUACGGCCACCUCCUCGUGCCACACUCGUUUGUGAUCCCACCCAACACCACAGCGUGGUCGCCCGACCUCAUCGGCCUCCGUCUCGGGAACCUCGUCAACACGCUCCGGACGACCCGCUCGUCGCUCAGCCAGGACCAGAUUCAGGCGCUCGAAGACGAGGGCUUUGUGUGGAGCGUGCUGGAUUUUCUCUCCGCGCGCAAGCUCGCCGCGUUAAAAGCGUUCAUUCGCGUGUAUGGCCACCCGCGCGUACCGCAGCAGUUUGUUGUGCCGCACGACACGCUUGAAAGUGCGUGGCCCGUCGAAGUCCGCGGUCUCCCGCUCGGCACGGUCGUCAAGGACUGGCGCCGGCACAAGAAGACGAUGACCGACGACAUGAUCCAUCGACUCGAUGCGCUGGGGUUUGUGUGGGACAUGGUCGAGUGGCGGCAAGAGCGCGUGCUCCAAGCCCUCACGACCUUCAAGGAAUUGCACGGCCACCUGCGCGUCCCGCCACAGUUUGUAGUACCCGCCAAGAACGUGCGGUGGCCAGAAAUCACGUGGGACCUCCACCUCACCAACGCGCUCAUGAACACGCGCAAGGCCGACCGCGUCCGCGCGACGUGGCCACCGCAUCGUGUUGCCGCGCUGGAAGCCCUCGGCGUCUUGGCGCCUCUGUUCGCUACGUCGACAGACGCUGCGAGACACCACCACGCGAUAUAGACAUUGAUAUGACCGGA